UAUUGUUUCUAAGUGGUUCAUGCAAAUGCGGGGUCUGCGGAAAGAUGGAUAACUUCACACUUUACGAAAACGCUUCCCACAACUGCACCAAUUCCGAGUACGAAAUGGAACUGCAAGUAAUCGUGAAUGUUUUCAUCGGGAUUUUGGUGCUAACAGCUGGGAUAGCGAUGAUUGUGAACGUGGUUGUUUUCAUGAGCGUGCAUUGGAUCAGACGUCCGAUGCCCCCAAUUUUGAAAAUGAGCAUAAGUUUGGCAGCUGCGGACGCUUUAAGUUCGUCAAUAUUCGCCGUGACUCUAUUCAUAAACACGUACCUCCCUUCUAUCGGUAUAAAUCUAUGAUGGCUGGAAAUAAUUAUGGAAAUGAUGAAACUGAGCGGAAUUCUCGUCACGGUAACUCAUUUACUGGCCCUCAGCUUGAACCACUACAUCGGAAUUUUAAAACCCCUGCACUACAACUCGAUCGUAACAAGACGCAAAGUUACAGCAGUAACAAUAUUACUCUGGCUGUUCCCAACAGCUUUCGUCAUUUUCCUAUUCACGUCUCAGGCCGAAGGCGCCUACUGGAGAGAUAUCUUCAGCAACGAAACGGAAAUAGAUAUGGAAAACCAGACGACAUUUGUUGACACGUUCAGAUUCAGAAUGAGUUAUUCCGCCUAUUUCAUCGUCUCCAUAUUCCUCAUGGCGAUUUGCUACACGCACAUUUUAAUCAUCGUGAAAAAGCAGCAAAACAUAUGGAAAAACUUAUCAAGGGUCGGGAGCACCAAAUGGUCAGGACGCUCCGUCAAACAUUGCCCGAACAAAGCAAACAAAGAGCAAAAACAAUUGGAAGGCAACAUCCGAGCAAUAUACACAACGUUGCUCAUCCUCGGAUCGUGUGUGAUUGGCUGGAUGCCUGCACUUCUCAUUUUUGUGCUAAUGUGCAAAGAAGACUGCUACAUACAUGGCGCACAGCUCAGGAGCUUGAACGAAAACUAUCUCAUCGAAGUCAUGUCCAUGAGACUGCUCGAAAACAUGCUCAUUGUGCUCAAAAUGCUCGCCAAUCCCAUCAUAUACAGCAUCAGAAUGAAGGAGAUUCAGGAAGGAACCAAGCACAUGCAGGCGACCCUGUUGAAGGUUUUUUGCCCAUCUAGGCCUGACAGCAACAAUUACACCCUCGCUUCUCGCCGAUCGCCAAAUGCAUACAACUGUUCAUUACGCACACGAUUAACGACGGCCUCAAUAAAUAACGGUGGACACACAAGCCACGUUAGCAUCGGACGGACCGAAUUGGUCAACACACUUUUGUAAAAUCAUACACUUUAAUUACAAAAUAUACAUUGAGGUAACGAGGUGAGCUUGCGAAGAUUAAUUGCUUGUCGAUCAGAUGACAAUGACGGCACUCGUUUUUCAACGCGUUACCUCCACUGCGUUUGAGGACUCCAACAGUGAGAAAAGAAUGUUUUGCUCAACUUUAUUUUUCAUAUUUCGCGUAUUUUACCUACCAUGUUGUUGCAAUCAAAAGUGUAAUAAUCAACAUAAACUAUUAUUGUAAAUAUGUACAGUGAAGCUUGAGCUUAAAAUAUCAUGUUUAAAAGAUGGGUAGGUGAAUUACAACAACCGACCUACAUUUGGCAGUAAUUAUAUGACACUACUGAUUAUCGUAACACUGUUUAUUCCACGCAUAAAUGUCUCCUAAUUAACUCUUAUUAUGACUGUAAUUACAUCUGAUUAUGUAAAUGGACAAAAUAAAUGUAUUUUCUGUUAUUUGUUCUAUUUAAAUAAACUUUUUUUAAUAUU